UCUUUAUGUCAAUCGAUCACGGAAAUUCUGAGUUCAGUAAACCGAUGAACCUUCGCUUCGUCACGUAACAUUCGCGAUAAAAUUUCCACUCGUUCUAUUUCUAAAAUGUCACCCAAUAACAGUUUGAUCAUCUGAAUUGAUCGGCACUGCAGAUAUUCUUCAUUUUAACUGCGUAAAUCCAGGUAAAAAUUUCAGGACCGAGAUGGGCACCACUUCGCCAGACACCCUGCAGUCCAUAUGCCUGCAGUACAUCAGCUGCAAUCUGUCUAAGCUCUGCAGUGAGAUACUAGUGACUGGAGACGGAGACUACGCCGAGUCUAGACUCAUCUUCAAGAACCCCGAUGCAAUCAUUCACAGUGAUCUAGCCGAGCGUCUGUUGACCAAGUUGAGCGAAAAUGGUAACCUGACGGAUACCAGUCUGACGCUGUUUGCCAACCAAUGCAUCAUGUGCCUGCGUCGGGCGUGCAUCCGGAACGCCAGCUUGACCUCGCGGGGUUUGCGAGCGCUAGCCUGUCAUCAACUCAUCGAGCUAGACGCCUCAGGCGUGCAGAACGUGAACGUUAACGACGUCAUCGGCGCGUUGGGGGAGUGGACCCGCAAACACAUCCGUUCGCUCAACGUCAGCGGCUGCACGUUUCUGAACAACUCAAAAUUCUGCAUCGUCAUCUCCUUACCCCAACUCCGCAAUUUGCGACACCUCAACGUCAGCUACACUGAGUUCGGCAACAACUUGGGCCUAGAAUGGGUCGCAGAGGGACUCUCCCAUCUUGAAAGCCUGGACAUUUCAGGAACCCUCGUCUACAGCAUCCAGCCGUUACUCAAACUCAAACCCACCCUCAAGUCCCUGUGUAUGUUUCACACUCGAGUUCCGGAGAAAGACCUCAUCCCUGUCGUCCUCGCCUUGGAUGAACUCCGACAUCUAGACAUCUCGCAGGACGUCCACCCCAUGAUGGACAACCACCAGAACCCUAGCGUCAACACCCUCCUUGAGGCACAUCAGAGCCUGCCUCACCUGACCUCCUUAGACAUCUCAGGCCGGGAUAACGUCCAAGACGCUUCCCUAUGGUCCUUCAUCCAGCAACGGACAGGGCUGAGGUUCCUUGGACUGACCUUGACUCAGGGAAUGGUCAGAACUCUGCAGAUUCCUAAGGAGAUGUGUGGGGAGGACUUACUGAUCAAUGAGAGCAACCCGGACUUUCCACAUGAUCUCAAGGUGACUGGACACGCCACCGAGAAACAGGUUGAAGAAGCCCUGCAUUGCUAUGGCAACCGGCCCAACUACGUGCACAAAUUGCUCUGCAGCCUCUUCAACAUGACGCUAUAUUUAGAAAAAGCCCGGCCGAAUAUCAUCAAGAUUAUCCUGCCUGAAAUGAAAGCCCAUCCUCAUCACCUCGGAGUCCAGAUGGCUGCCAGUGCGUGUUUGUACAACCUAACCAAGCACCAUCUAGCGGACAGCGUCCACGUCUCGGAUUUGAGCGUAAUGGUUCAUCUUACGCUCAACGCAAUGGAAACAUUUCCCAGCCAGCAACAGCUUCAGAAGAAUGCCUUGCUGACGUUGUGCAGCGACAGGAUACUUCAAGAUGUGAGUUUUGACCGGUACCGUGCAUCUAAGAUGGUGAUGGAUUGUCUCUUUGUCUUCGACGACGCUCCGAUGACUCGUAUGUCGGUGGCCAUAUGCUCCAUCUUGGCUGCCAAGAUAUCAACGGAACAGACAACGCUACUAGGCACUAAGCGCAACAUGCAGAAACUGUUGCAAAUUGUGAAGCAGAAGUCUGAUUUAUUAUCAGUGGACAUCACGCUCAAGUUUACCCUUAGUGCUCUCUGGAACCUGACGGAUGAGUCGCCAUCUACGUGUGCUAUAUUCCUCAAUGAAGGCGGCCUGGAUCUCUUCAUUCACAUCCUAGAGAUCUUUCCCGAUCAGGCGACACUUCAGACAAAAGUCCUCGGACUAAUCAACAACAUUGCAGAAGUGAAGGGGCAGCGGAAUGCUCUACUCAGAGGGGACUUCAUUGAACAUUGCAGGACCCUGCUAGACAGUAAGCAGAUUGAGGUCAGCUACUUUGCUGCCGGUAUCAUCGCUCAUCUACUCAAUGAAGGACCCAAGGCCUGGGCUCCACUCCCCCAGGCGCUACGGCUGGCUCUGCAAGACUCCCUGCACAAGAACAUUCUAGCCUGGAAGAACCCAGCAGGUGAGAUGGUCGCCUACCGUUCCUUCAGUCCGUUCUUCCCGUUGAUCAAGUGUGACAUCGCGGAGGUUCAGCUGUGGUCAGUUUGGGCAAUGCAGCACGUCUGCACCAAGAACGCUUCGCGUUACUGCCCGAUGCUUGUCCAAGAGGGAGGCCAGGAGAUCCUACGGGACAUGAUUGCCAACAGACAGGUCCACGACGAGGUCUACCAAGUUGCCAAGAGUGUGUUGGACACGGUGGACACCAAUCAUUCCAACAGUGGGACCUGACAAGGCGAAUGCAUCCCACUCCUGCCACCAUUUUUAUUCUCCCAAACGGUUGGCUUGAGAGGUUCUGAAUCAGACAGUUUUUAAAGAAAUGGAUUUGUGAUGUCGGUGCAGACGCUUAGUCUUUCCUUGUCACUUUAGGAAGUGACUGGGGAUAUCUCAUAUUAGGAACUGUCGGGGUAUAUCCCACAUUGGGAAUGGACGGAGGCUAUCCCACAGCUGCCACCAUUUUUUUGUCCAAUAGAUGGUCCUAGGCCAUCUCAAUUAGGAGAUGAUUAGUCUUUUCUGAACACUAUGGACCGCACAGGUAGGUAAACGUAGGGCUGUGCAUUUUCAAAUAAUUAAGUAUCCGAUUAUUCAAACUUGGUCUUGAUCAAAAUAUUGGUCAAAUAUUCGAUCUCGAUAUGCACUGAUCAAGUAAAACAUGUGUCAGCCUAAACUGGCCCAAUCGGGAUUUGCUUGAACCCGCGCAUCUUGGAAAUCAACGACCUUGUGAAAAUAAUAUGUAGAACCAAAAAGGCUGAUAUUUGACUAAUUUUCACAAAGAAAUUUGAGCUGAUAAUCCUCAUUAAAGCUCUCAAAAUUGCACUAAAGUGGCAUUCAACAAAAGCGUGGCAUUUGACAAAGCAAUAAAACGCCACAACUUAUACAUCUCUUUGAGACUGCUUAUAUUUUUUCGAAUAUUUGAAUCGAAAAAUGGUGUUCGGAUAGUCGGGUGAUGAUCGAAUAUUUGAAUAAUCGGUACAGCCUACUCAAGCAGAUGCACAUUCAGGAUAACGUAAGUGGCAUGUUGUUUGUGCCAUUCUGUUUAUCUUCUGUAAAUUUUAUUCAUGAAUUUUUAAAGAAGUAAUAAGUAUUUAAAACUCUCAUAGCUGCAGAUGGCAUGAUUGAACGAAUAUGUGGAGGUUUCGUGUAUUUUAAUUUUUUAAAUUUUAUUUUAUUUUGCUUUACAAGCAAAAUAUUGCAAUUAUCAAAUGAAUGUUAUUUAAACUAAAUAUUAUGGAUUGGUGUAUAAACGGGACUUUAGCCCAUGUAUAUUGUUUUGGGUUACUCCAGGCAUCUUGGUUCAAAAAGUGUUUGAAUGGUGAGAAAUAUGCAGAAUAAAUAUGUCCAACUUGUGUUGUAACAGGCAUGUGUUUUUUUUUUUGGGGGGGGGGGAGGGGUAACAUCGAAAGUUAGAAACAGGGAUGUCAGUUUCAUGCGAGAGCUUGAAUUCAGGCUUUUUCAUGUUUUGAAGAAAAAAAAAGUUUAGCAUCCCAUCCCUGAACAGGCUGGAAAAAUAAAUCUUUGUGUAGCGUGCAUAUAGGAAACACUGUGCAUGCGAUGCUCCAUAAUAAUCACCAUGCUAGCUCGAUGCAAGAUUGUAUGAAUUGUAAGUUCAAAGAAGACAUAUUGCACUGUUAUACCUCUGUCUUGAAUACUGUAUUUUCAUUGGCCUAGAACGAUCACAUGUUAAGUUUAUAAAAAGUCAUAGAACACACCCUGUUGGAUAUCACGUAUGUGAUAUCCCACCUAGGGAGUGCUAUGACUUUGUGCGUACAGUACGUAAAACGCAGCGAACUUGCAGCAGACGAUCGAUCGAUCAGCUGUUUCGAGCACGUGACCUUGCAUGUGAGUUGACGUCGUGUCACAAUUGUGUUUGCUGCUGUUUGUUUUCGUGAUUUUUACAUCAAAAUCCAAAGAAUCCAAGACAGAGGUAUAACAAAACAAUUGUUGACUGCUGUGAUGUGGGAUAUUCACACCAGUCAGCAAUUGUUAAAUGUGUUUAUGGUGAAUUGCAGUGUGUUUGUAGGUAUUCCAAUGUGUUUAUGGUGGAAUGCCAUCAUUUUGUGCAUGGGUGCCGGCUUCCACGUCCAAUUUGUCAGGCCCUGGAGCAAAAACCCAUUGGCAUCCCUGUAAAAAGUACAUUUGUAUCACUUUGAAUUUCCCCCUUUAAACAAAAAACAUCCACUAAAACUUGCUUAAAAAUGUUUGCCACAUUUUAGACACAGUGUUUUUGAAACUUCCCAAAUAUGCCAAAAAAUGGCCUCAGAAUUUUGUCCCCAAAAUAGCUCCUUCCCAAAAAUAUGAAGUUUUGGAAAGUUCUUAAAGAUAAUAUUUUCAGAUUUGCCAUUUGGCAUUAUCAGUGCAACUAAGUUGGCUGCCGCAUAUUAUACGAUAUUGCCUUAUUGUGUAUACCGAAUACUUUACUUGGCUUUCGGCUGUAGUUAUAUUUAAAUGGUAUUAGUACCAACAAAAUGAUAGAAUACUGAUGUAUAGGAAGUGACAGAGACUAUUAUAUGAGAGGUUAAUGAGAGAGUAGUGUUUGUAUGAAUAAAUUAUUGUAACUUAUGCUCUUUAACAUUU